GGAAGUCAGUCACUCCUGGUUCCUGACUCGGGAAGAGGAGCGAUGGCCCUCGGUGUCACCUCCUGCCACAACGCGCUCCGGGUCAGCCCUGCGUUCUGGGCCUGAGAGGGGCGGCGGCGGGGCCAGGGGCCGCAUAGGAUGAACCAGCAGUGGAAGAGAAAUCACUGCAAACUGGCUAACUGCUGGUGAAGAUGAUGUUUCGUUUUUGUGACAAGCAUCUGUGGGACCUGUAAUAGAAAUGUAAAAAUUAGUAACACACAAACCAAAAAGAUUUUUCUGCACAGGAUGGCUGGCUGUGGUGAAAUUGAUCACUCAAUAAACAUGCUUCCUACGAACAGGAAAGCGAAUGAGCCCUGUUCUAAUACUGCACCUUCUUUAACGGUCCCUGAAUGUGCCAUUUGUCUGCAAACAUGUGUUCACCCAGUCAGUCUGCCUUGUAAGCAUGUUUUCUGCUAUUUGUGUGUAAAGGGAGCUUCGUGGCUUGGAAAGCGUUGUGCCCUCUGUCGGCAAGAAAUUCCCGAGGAUUUCCUUGACAAGCCAACCUUAUUGUCACCAGAAGAACUCAAGGCAGCAAGUAGAGGAAAUGGUGAAUACGCGUGGUAUUAUGAAGGAAGAAAUGGGUGGUGGCAGUAUGAUGAGCGCACUAGUAGAGAGCUGGAAGAUGCUUUUUCAAAAGGUAAAAAGAGCACUGAAAUGUUGAUUGCCGGGUUUCUGUAUGUUGCUGAUCUUGAAAAUAUGGUUCAAUAUAGGCGAAAUGAACAUGGACGUCGCAGGAAGAUUAAGCGGGAUAUAAUAGAUAUACCAAAGAAGGGAGUAGCUGGACUUAGGCUGGACUGUGAUGCGAAUCCUGUAAACCUAGCACGCGAGAGCUCUGCCGAUGGAGCGGACAGUGGCUCGGCCCCCAGUGGAGCUUCUGUUCAGCCUUUAGUGUCUUCUGGAAGGCCUCUGACGUCACUAGAUGGUCACUUAACAAGCCCUGCAACACCAUCCCCUGAAGCAAGCACUUCUCUGGAAGACUCUUUUGCUCACUUACAACUCAGUGGAGACAGCCUGGCAGAAAGGAGUCACAGGGGAGAAGGAGAAGAAGAUCAUGAAUUGCCAUCUUCAGGCCGAGUACCAGCACCAGACACCUCCACUGAAGAAACCGAAUCCGACGCCAGUAGUGACGGUGAGGACGUGUCAGCACUUGUUGCACAGCACUCCUUGACCCAGCAGAGACUUUUGGUUCCUAAUGCAAACCAGACAGUAUCUGAUCGAUCAGUAGCAGGGGGUGGGACAGUGAGUGCCAGUGUCAGAUCUAGAAGGCCUGAUGGACAGUGCACAGUAACUGAAGUUUAAAUAGUCUUCAGCUCCAUGCUCAAGGUUAAAAUGGUUAUCUGUAAAUUUCUGCCCACAUAACAUUAUACUCAUCCCUAGUAGUACAUUUCGGGAGUUGGGGUGGGAAGGGGUAUAGGAAGUAUAGACCUGUAAUUAAAAUGUCUAACAUGUCUCUGUUAAGAAAUUUAUUUAAUAUAAGGAACUUGGGUGUUAAUAGUUGAGAGCUGUUUAGUAAUAACCCAGUUUUCUUGAGGUCUGUUUAGAAUUUUGUUUUGUUUUUAAUUUCAGUUCUUUUGGCCAGUGUGUGUGUAUUUGUGCAUUAAUGGUCACAUCUGACUCUUGCAUUUUGUCUUAUUUUUCUGCAUGGAUUGACAUAAAACCACCACUAAAAUUUGGCACCUAUGAGAUGUCUGGUAUCAGUUUUAACAGGAAGCUUAAUGUGAGAAUAUGUGUGAAUUUGGGAUUUUAAAAUAGACAAAAACUAUUUAAUAGUAAAGUUACUUAAAAAGAAAUGUAAAGAAAACACAUAAUAACUUAUGUUUCAGAGUCUUGUCUAUAACACACUUCAUGGUUCCCAUAGACUUUGCUGUCUAGUCUUUGUAGUUUGAGAUUUCUCUUGAUCUGCAGUUUUCUUUUUGAUUACAAAAUUUAUAAUUUAAUAAAUACUAGAGUUUAUCAAAAAUAUUUGUCUCUUGUUUUGAGUCUGGAAAGGGGAUGGAAACAUUCUGACAUGUAUGGCCAAAGGUCACUAAAAGUGGUGUUCAGUUGGUAGUAUUCAGCUUAAAGCAGUCACCUGCUCAGAGAAAUAAUAUUCCUUCAAAGAGAAUAAACAGAAUCUACAGGAAACAUGCAUGGAAUAAACAUGCACAGAAAUAAA